AUUGGUUCAGACACCUGUCACUCCGUGGAGCUCGAGUCCCCUCGUCUAAGGUAGUCUGAGUGGAGAAAGUAAUGAAGAUGGAAGGAGCUGAUGUUGAUGAAAUAUUGAGGAGAUUAACGGAGUAGCGAAGUGAUAGACGUUUACUCAUCUUGUCGGAACAAUAGAGGACAGCGAUACUAGGAAAUUGACAGAUAGCAUGCCCGUAGAGGUGACUCCACUGCAGAUGAGGGAACAUGUUGGCUAUGGACCAAGGAGUGGUGGAGGAAUGGCUGUCAGAAUUUAAGACCCUCCCUGACAAUGCUGUGUCCACUUAUGCCGCCUCACUUAAAGACAAAGGUGCUCUGGUCCCCGCACUCUACAAGGUCAUGCGAGAGAACUACAGCGAUUUGCUGGAGCCAGUGUGUCACCAGUUGUUUGAGUUUUACCGAAGCGGUGAGCCCCAGCUGCAGCGUUUCACGCUACAGUUCCUGCCAGAGCUCCUGUGGAGCCUCCUGUCCGUCAGCGCAGCCAGAGACCCUCACACGUCCGGCUGCAUCGAGGCCCUGCUGCUGGGCAUUUACAACCUGGAAAUAGUUGAUAAAGAUGGACAAAGUAAAAUAUUAUCUUUUACCGUCCCUUCCCUCUCCAAACCCUCAGUGUACCAUGAGCCUUCAGCCAUCGGCUCCAUUGCCCUUACAGAAGGGGCACUAGCCAAUCAUGGGCUGAGCAGGGUGGUGUACAGCGGACCACACCUCCAGAGAGAGACCUUUACUGCACAGAACAAAUUUGAGGUGCUGACCUUCCUGCUGCUGUGCUACAACGCUGCUCUCAGCUACAUGACCUCCACCUCCCUCCAGUCCCUCUGCCAGCUCAGCUCUAGGGUGUGUAUAUGCGGUUACCCACGGCAACAGAUUCGGCGCUACAAAGGCAUUAGCACACGGCUGACAGUCACGUCAGAGUUCCUGGUUCAGCUCAUCACAGGGAUACACUACGCCGUGUGUAAUGGGGAGGUUGAACUGGGAUCCAAAGCACUGGAUGACGUUCUGUAUCGGGCACAGCUAGAGUUGUUCCCUGAAGCCUUGUUGGUGGGUAAUGCCAUCAAGUCGUCACUGCACGGCGCUGCGCUGAAGAGCAACAACAAGGAGGGUGCACGGAGUAUCCAGGUGGAGAUCACACCCACCUCUUCCAGGAUCUCCCGAAAUGCUGUCACCUCCCUCUCUAUCAGGGGACACCGCUGGAAGAGACACGACGCAGUGGAUCUGGGUUCCCCGGAUGAGCUGAUGGAUAUUUCGGAGGUGGAUGAAGGGGUGUGGCCAGGUGGGGUGGGGCUUGACACAACCCCACCCACCAUCACUAUUAGCAACAGCGUUACCACGUUGAACCUAGGGGCUAAGGCCAUGAAGAAGUGUUGGCUGGGCGGGCGCACCAGCAAGGACAAGGAGGUGGGCCCUCUAACGACGGGCCGGGCCGCCAGCGAGAAUGCAGAGCUGUCUGUCAAGCGACUGACGCUCACUUCCAGCCAAUCAGUGCCCAAGGCAGGAGCUCUCACCAGCCUGACGCGCACCGCCAGCGCCGUCUUCUCCCGCUCAUUUGAGCAGGUGGCCAGCGGCAACGCCCCUCCCUCCAGCAACCACACCGCUUCUGAAGUUGGCCGCUAUUCAUGCAGCCUGCAGGAGGAUGGGCAGGGGUACUUAAGUCCGGUGCCAAACCACACGCAGCGUUCUCCCAGCUUCAGCGUGCACCUUGGCUCUGACCUUUGAACCCUUUAUGACUCCGGGCUACAUGAACCCUCGCCUCUGAUCCUGUGACCCUGUACCUGUGACCUGGAACCUAAAGCCAUGCCAACUUCAACGGAUCACAAACUCAUGAACAAACACUCCCCUCUCCUGCUGCUUUCCUCGUCACUCCAUUUUAACGUCUUUGAUUGAUUCUCUGUGCUGUAAAGCAUCCUGCUGCACUGCUCCUCUCCUGUGGGACUGAUAGAUGUGGCGUGUCAGGGAUAUCACUUCCAGCUUCACUGAUGUUUAGUAGUGCAAUGUUGCCGUGAAGUCGUGCCAGGACAAAACUGCACUCCGUCGCAGAGCUGCCUGUCUGUAAAUGGGUGCACUUAAAACUUAUUACAAAAAAAAAACUGUGGAAAAGUAUUUUAUUCGGCAUUUGUUGCCCUGCAUGGAUUUUCCAUACACCCAUCCUGACCUUGCCCAGGUCUGUCAGAGGGCAGAUAUUGAGUCAGUGUGUGACCAUGCCUGAGUGUGUGUAAUGUAUGUGUGUAUGUACAAUUGUUUUUAGAAUAAAGGCUGCUGAUUGAUACAAUGAACAAGGUAUGAUUCUCCAAGUUGAAACAAAUGUUGGUACUAUUUAUAAAAAAAAAAAAAAAAAAAUCCCUUCUCAUAGCAAUACAAAUCUUUCCAUUCAGUGUUUUCUAUCUUUUGGGACAACUGCGCAAAACCUCCUUUCAUUCCCACUUCUUUUGUCAACAGUUACAGCUGUGCUCCUUUUUUAAAGAAAAUCAGCAUUCUUUUGUAAAACAUCAGAAAAAGUACCACUAACUAAUCAACCAGUAUGAUAAAAAUAAAUUGGGUCUUUUUGUUUACAAUCGCACAGUAUUGUCGUCAUUAUGGAGCAGCAAUAUUGUGUCCUUCCCUCUUGCUCCCUCUUGCACCUUUCUGAAUUGCUGUUUAUUCGAUGGCAAAAAGUAAAUCUCCAACUUCUGACAAAUGAUGAUUUUGAUUUUGGGGACGAUGGGUGUGUAUGAUUUGUUAAGUAUUUGGAUUUUGCACUUGAAAGAGCAAACAACUUGUGUUAUCAACUUUGGUAUUUUCUUAUAAUAAGCAAGAGAGGUUGACUUCUACCACACAGACAUGAGAUUACCUACUAGCACAGAGGUAAAAUAUUCUGAUACCCCUGACUAAAGAUGUUAAAGUUCGACCCAAACUGUAACUUAACCUAUUCCUGUGUGUUCUGCAGUGGGAAGGUGUGCGAGGACAACAAGGCUUCUUUCCUCUUUUUUGAUCCACCCACUAUUCCAGCUGUUUGUAGUUGUUUGGUGAUGUGUUUACUGUGUCCCUCCUGUUUACAUCAUCAUCAUCACCACCACCACGUCACACGACAUGGUAUUCUCUUGUACCAAAAAAGGAAAUUAAACCACCCAUCUGCUUCAUUUGAUGUCCUAAAUCAAGUUGCCCCACCCUCAAGCAAAAAGUGUGUUCUGUUGUCUGUGUACUAGAGCUGUCAGUGUUCAUAGCUUGGUGGGACAAUAACAAUCAUCGUGUUUCUGUAUGUGGGUUUACAGAAUGUCAAUGGGUAAGCUCUUGUUGUACAUUAUACUGUUGUACUAAAGUUGUUUUUUUGGCCUUUCUAUGUCUGAAGAUAAAUUACUGCUACAACUUCUGGGAAUAAAGUGUUUCUAUAUUUCA